UCUAGUCUAGUCUGUGUGCCUGACACAUGAAAAAGUCAAUUUUUGGUAUUUUUAUUAUUUUGAUUUGAGUUUUAUUUAGAAAAAAGGGGUUUUCAUAAUUAAUUUAUAAUGCUUACUCUAUUGUUGCUAAUACUAAGCCCCGUGAUUUUAUUUAUAUUUCGAGUAAUGUAUUUAAUUAUCAAUGUGUUGACAAGUGACUGUAAACUAGAAAAGCCGCAUCAACAUUUGAGAACUUUAUUGUGCAUUGGAUCCGGUGGCCACACUACGGAAUUGUUGAGAUUACUAAAAAGUAUGAACUUGAAAAUGUAUCAGCCUCGUUUAUACGUUGCAGCCGAAAGUGAUGUUAGUAGUGAAGUGAAAAUACAUACUCUAGAAAAAGAUGGUGCAAAGGAGUAUAAGUUUUGUAAAAUCCCCAGAAGCAGAAGUGUAAACCAAUCGUAUGUUUCUUCAAUAUUCAGCACUCUCCAUGCCACUCUGUCUACUAUUCCAAUAGUCUACAAUUUCAAACCUGAUGUUAUAUUUUGUAAUGGACCCGGAACUUGUAUUCCCAUUUGUAUAGUAGCAUUUUUAUUAAGAUGCGUAUUUGUAUUAGAUUGUAGAAUAGUAUUUGUUGAAAGCAUUUGUAGAGUAAGAACACUUUCGUUGACUGGAAAAAUAUUACAAUGUUUUGCUGAUAUAAUUAUUGUUCAGUGGCCGCAGCUCAAAGAUGUAUGCUAUAGAGGAAAAUAUUUUGGAAGACUAACAUAAUUUAUGUAACUAAAUAAAGCAAAUUUUAUUUAAAAGUGUAUAAUUAGACCAGGAGAUCAAUACAAACUAAGUUUCAUUAGAGUAAUGUUAUUAUAACAAUUUGCUGUUAAUCAUAAAGGAUUUUUAAACAGUAAUUCAAGUUAGUACUUGUAAGUAUCUUAAUAAAUCAAUCAAUGAGAGAUUACUCUGGGAUUACUGUUUAGCCUCCUUGGAGAUUAUUUUUGAUACAACUUUGGAAAGAAGGAAUUAUUGGUUACAUACCAUACCAGUAUACUGGUGUUCCAUAGUUAUGCUACAUGAAGUGAGGAAAGUAAGUACUUCAAACUUCCACCAUGUGGCAUAGCCAUAAGACAGCCCAUGUACUGUGACAACAAAAUUAUAAUUACGUGUAAUUAAGUACAUAACUAUUUUUUACAUCUAUGAAGCAUUUCCAUAACAAAAAAAUUGAACAAACAUAGAUAACAAUAAGUGAAUGUUUGGUACUGUUAAUAUAUUAAGUACCUCUGUCUAAAGGAUAAAAAUGCGAAAAAUAAAUGUUAACAUUGUUAGAAGAUGCCCUAAUAUAACACAUAACUUUUACUGAAUUAUGAUAAUUUAACAGCUACACUGUAACCAAACAUGUACUUGAGGUAGGAAUUUGGAAAGUAAUUGAUAUAAUAAAUGUAUAUCCCAUA